AUGCCUUCAUCAGGCAUUUGUCGACAUCACUACGUUGUCGCCUUGGAUGAGGUGAUACUAGUUGAUACUCAAGUUCUCAAAGCGAAUCAAGAUAUCUUCUGUUUCUUCUGCCGCCACCUCCCUCGCCCCCUAGAACCCAUUUUUGGUGCCGGAACUCUCCCUGGACAUGUAAUUGGCGUUGGAAUCAUUGUCCUGGGGCGGCUGCGAGCGUCAUAUAUGCGGCAUAUAUACGAUUUCUACCAGCCAGAUUUCAAGUCACAGGCAGUACUCCUCAAGCUGCUAUUUACAGGCUUUGGAUGGGUGUUACCGGCGGUCCCGAGAGAAACAGGAUGCUCGCACGACAAGACGAACGGAGCGAUGAACGGGGACUCCUCGUCGACAGUCUCGGCAGUAGUUCCUCUGGACGACUUCGACUAUUUUGGCUUUCACGCUCCAAACUGUCAACUAGUCGUUAAGUCAUAUGUGCGCCUACUAUACAAUGACCAUGUCGCUGAUCCUGAGAAUAAGCUGUUCAGGUCUGACGCGGUGCCCUCCACUAUUCGUGAACAAAGCUACGAAGAACCUCGAAGCGAUCAGCGCCUGGAGAAGCUUUUCAUAGGGCUAUCAAAAGACCGAUUCACCGCAAGAGUCCGGCGUGCCCUCAAAACAUGCACACGGCGGGCGUGUAUUCCGGCGUGGCCAAGCUUUGGCAGUGACCUGGCCAGUACCCUCUUCAAUCUUCGGGUCACGCGUGAGGUCGGCGGCAUCGCAGCGAAGCUUGAUCUGCAUGCCCGUCUGACAGCCCGGGAGCCGGUUUCGGCGGAGUUCUAG